AUGCGAGCCAUUGGAAAUUGGGACUUCGACAUCCCCCACGGACAGACAUCGUUUAUUAUUCUGUUCACUGUCGUGGUUGUCCUUAUAGCUCGUCGCAUCUUGCGCAUUUCUACACUAAAUGAUGUAUCAGGCCCACCGAGUCCAAGUUGGCUCCUGGGACACGGCAUUGUCAUUCAUAAGGCACCGGUCGGAACACUGUACAAGAAAUGGGCUCGUGAAUAUGGUCCUACAUACAAGCUGAAAGGCGCAUUCGGACUAAGCUCAAAUUCCAACACCGCCCAUGUUCUAUACUCCAGCAACUAUGUGAGACCUCAGUCUACAAGGCUCGCACUCAUACAAUUUUUCGGGAAGAGCCUCUUCAGUGCUGAAGGGGAGGAGCACAAACACUCAAGAGCCGUUCUAGCGACUGCUUUCACCACCUCCAAUGUCCGGGAGGUCUCUCACGUCAUCUUCGAUCUUGCAUACGGGCUGGUAUCGGCCGUAGACCACGAGCUGGAUCAACAUAGUAGCGGCAGCACUGCAGUCAUCGAGAUGACUAGUUUGGUUCACAGAGUCGCUCUGGAUGCGAUCGCUAUGACAGCCUAUGCCUACGAUGUCCGCCACUCUGGACAAUCUAUCCCAAAAUUGAUUCACAAGAUCUCCGACGUGCCACAGACAACUUUUACGCUUCUGGCCAAUGCAUUCGUGGAUGUAUUCCCAACUCUCUUAGAGCUGCCAAAUCCCAUGAAGCAAUGGACAGCGAUGUUGCCCACAGAACUCGGACGUCUAGCAGAUGCAGCGUGGGCUCAGAACGUCCAGAAUCGUGAUGUCGGAAUGCAUUCGAAGUUGUUGGACUCGUUGAGUGACAAGACUGCAACGGGGGAACCGAUGACGCGCGAAACCGCCAUUGGACAUCUUGUAGGCAUGCUUUUUGCAGGUUAUGAAACCACAGCGAACGUCAUUGCGGAGUGCCUGUACGAGCUCGCGCGACAACCUCGGGUGCAGACGAGAGUCCAAGAUGAGCUCGCACGAUUUGAGAGAAACGUGGGCCGCAAGCCGACGUAUGACGAUUUAAUGAGCGCGACUCAUUUGAUCUACUUUGACGCUGUUACCCGGGAGACUCUUCGGACCAUUCCGCUCCUCUUUCCGAUCCCUGGCACUGGUCGCUCGUACGUUAACGUCACGCCAGGACAGAUUGUGCACGUACCCGUGCGUGACGGGAUCAAUAUUGAUCCAGCUAUCUGGGGACCCGAUGCAGCCGAGUUCCGUCCUGAACGCUGGCUGGACGAGGAUGGGUUGCCUGAGGCAGCUAAAGCUAUACACGCUCCAGGUCAUGUUCUCACGUUCGGAGAUGGGUUGAAAAUAUGCCUUGGCCGAAAAAUCGGUGAGUCGUCAAAUUUGCUGGCCAUCUUGAUUGCCACUCUGUUGCGGAACUUCACCUUCGAAGAAGAUGGUUCCAUAUAUGACUUCUACCGCACGGGUGGGAACACCAUCAAGCCAGUCAUACGUGGUCGAGAGAAAGAGGGCGCGCAAAUGUAUUUGCAUGUACGCAUGGCGGAGGUUGACUAG